AAAAUUAAAAAUUGAUCAUCUAAAGAGUCCAAACGCACCCUUACCAUUGACAGUUAAACACUUCUUUUCUCAUACAAAACAGGAGAGAGAAAGCUCUGUUCGAAAUCUCACAACUCCCAUCAAUGGCGGAACACGACGAAGACGGCUUCAGCUUCGGCGAUUUCAAAUUCACACCUCCACCUCCUCCUUCUCAUCUUCAACCUCAACCUCAAAUCAAUGGCGUCACUUCCACCUCCAAAAUCGCCGACGUUUGGGGAGAUUUCUUCUUCAAUCCUUCACCCCCUCCAUCUACCCCUUCUCAAUCCCAAUUCAAUCUCCCCGAUAACAAUGGCUUCUCAAGUUCCUUCAAUUGGGCUCAGCCCGUUUCUGGCCCAUCUCCGAUUCGGGUUGAUCCGGGCCCAAACAAGCCGCCGAAGCCGUCGAUUGGAGCUUUGCCUUUGUCCUUGAUCGGUGAAGUUGAUCCAAAUCCAAACGUUCAAUCUAAUGGGAGCUUUGAUUUAAAUGGGUUUAAUAUGAAUUUUAAUGGGGUGGCUUCAGAUUUGAGUAUUGAGAAUGGUAAUAAGAAGAAUGGUAAUAAUGAUGAAGAAGAAGAAGAAGAAGAAGAAGAAGAAGAAGAAGAAGAAGAAGAAGAAGAAGAAGAAGAAGAAGAAGAAGAGGGUGAAUGGGAAUUUAAGGGUGCAUUUUCUGGGAAUUCUAUAACAGAACAAGGGAAUUCAAAGGAACAGGGAGGACCUGUGGUUUCUGGAUCAAAAAUCGAGCUUUCGACAACAAGAGGCCAAGAAAAGCAGGCCGGUCAGGAUGCUUUCAAAUCUGUUGACCCCAAGCUUGGUGUUAACGGUUUUGGACCUCAGUCUAUUGAUUUUUUUGCUGCAUUGUAUGAAAAUGGGGCUAAUCAUCAAUCCAGUGAAAUGGAUGUUAGUAUAAAGUCAAGCACAAGCACAACCAAUGGUUUCAUGUGGGACCCCUUUCCUGAAGCUGAACUUAUUGGCAAUGGGGGUGGACUAAAUGCAAGUUCUAUGAAUCAAGAUGAUGAUUCUGAUGACUUUGGGGAUUUUGUAGAUGCAUCUCAAGAAGUUGUGUCAAAGGAGAAGCAAGAGCAAGUUGGUGAUCGCAUGGAUCCUGCUGAAGCUCAGCUACCAAAUGGAGAAGCCCAGGAGAAGCAAACCCAAACAAAACCAUCUAGAGGAGCCUUGCCAUUAUCCCUCUUCUGUGAUGAUACUGAAGAAUCCAGUGAUCCCUUGAAUCUUCAAAAUGAAGUGGCCCCUAUGCCUACUCUUACUCCUGCAAAUAGCUUCAGUGGCCAGAAACCAGUGAUAUCUAUCAAAGAUCUUGUAUCAAAUUUGUACAGUCAAGCUCAGCUUACAUCUUCAGUUGAUUCUACUGUAAAACCUGCUGAAAAUGGAGUGCAGUCCCCACUAAAUGUAGCAGUAACAACUUCAUUUGAAGAAGAUGAUGACUGGGAUGACGAUUCCUGGGAGUUUAAAGGUGCAUAUUCAGACAAUGGAGUUGGAGAACAAUUGUCCCCAGCUAUUCCAGGAUAUAUAGCUCAGAAACAGUUACCAGAAUUGCGAAUUUAUAUGGAUUUUUAUGACCAAUUGAGGGGUUCAUUAUGCUUUCUUCUUUCAUGCCAACUUGAUGACCUAAAGAAAGCUCGAAGUUCAGAUGUUGUAAAUGGCAAUGGGGGUAAAGCAGAAGCGCUUGAUGAUGAAAUGCAGGAAGUUUCUAAACUAUUGGAAGAGAGUGUAACUUCUAAGGAAGUACUUUCAAAGAAAGACCUUGAGAGAAGCAGUUGUCUUAACAAGUUCCUCGAGAUUCUUCAAGGACCAAAGUUCAAUGUGAUUGAAGCGGAAUUCUCUUUGUCAAAAAGAUUGCAGUUGGCAGCAAAUGAGUGGAAGGUUGCCGCUGAACUCUUGAGGCAUGCAAUAUCAAUGCUGAAAAUUCUAUCACUAGGUACAGCUGAUGAGCAGUCGCUCUAUGUGACGACUUGGUCUAAGAUUAUCAAUGUUUGUGUUCAAGAGUUGAGUCACGGAGCAUCAAUAUGGAAAAGAGCAUCAGAGAAGAAUGUACAACAUCAGAUUUUGUUAAACUCUCGAGGUCAGAAGUUUAUUCAAGCUCUUGGAGAAAUUUUCAAGGUUGUAGAACUUCUUGGUGUGUCAGCCAAAGUUUACAAGCCGUGGAUAUUAUUAAGUGUGUCAGAUUCGUCACAGUUUUUCAGUGUUUUGUUUGAGUGCGGUGCUUUAUGGGUAAAUUCUGGUUUGGAGGGAGCCCUCCAAAAUUUGUCAGAUGAUAUUGAUUUUCAAUGUAAUGAAACUGCAAAGCCAAUAGUCGCCUCAAUAACAAAUAUUUGUGAGAUCGAUGUGGUCGCUGUGCAUGAUCUUGUUUUCCGUGGACAUAAAACUACUUGUCAGAUGUCCCUACUGCCUCAAGAAAUAUUGACAGACUUGAAGACACUCAAGACAGUGACAUGGGGUGGAAAGCCUUACUUUCUGAACCUGGCUAAUUUGUGGGCAAAUUUGAUCAGCUCUAAUCCUCCCCAGUUACCCAAUUUGCAAGUUAGUUGAGCAGAUGGGUAUUCGAAAUGUUGUGAUUAUCUACGUGGCAUGUAAAACUGCCCAGCUCCCCCAGAGCAUGCAUCAAUGGCUACACAGCUGCUUGGAAUCCUACGCACAUUGCUCAGGAUGACAGAUCAAGUUUUCGGAUUAUGAAAUUCUGCAGAAGUCGAAAUCAGCUCUAGUCAAUUGUACGAUUGUACCCUCCACCCCUUCUUAUUUUCCUCCUCCUAUAUCUUGUUUUUGAUUCCAUAUGAUACACCAUUCAUUUAUAGUAAGUGUAAUAUAGUGCCCCAGGUAUAGAGAUGUGUAAGGAUGGGCUACAUUGGCAAGUAAUGUUCCCAUAAGAGAGUAUCUAUUUUUGAACAUAAAAUUCAUCAAAGCAAUCAUAGAUUCAUGUGUAGUGUAUUUACCAUUUGAUAGUUACGCAAUAAUAAAUUGUCUUCACAAUUGUACUAAAUUUACGAGAAAGCUCUGUAUUGUAUAGAACUACAGUACUGCCUAAAGCUUGUUAUACAAAGUACUCUGUAUUUUUUUUGUGCAGUUGAUCGAUUUGUCA